UUGGUGUAUAUAAAUGAGUGCAAAAUAUCUUGCUCUCUCUCUCUUUCUAAGCUGCAGCACUGAAACAUGGCUACUGCAGGAAAGGUGAUUAAAUGCAAGGCGGCCGUUGCCUGGGAGCCCAAUAAACCUCUGGUGAUAGAAGAGAUUGAAGUGGCUCCACCUCAGAAGAAUGAAAUACGAAUUAAGGUGGCAGCUUCAGGCAUGUGUCACUCUGACCUGUAUUACCUGUUUGAGGCGAAGAACAGCGCAGGCUUCCCGAUCGUUCUGGGCCACGAGGGAGCUGGUGUGGUGGAGAGUGUCGGGCCUGGAGUCACUGAGUUUAAACCAGGUGAUAAGGUCAUCCCUCUUGGUGCCUAUCGGUGUGGAGAAUGCAGAUUGUGCAAAAAUCCUGAGACUAACAUGUGUGAGAAAUGCUGGUCUAAUAUUGAAAGUGCUCAGAUGUCAUCCUCUGACACUCGCUUCUCUUGCCGUGGUAAACCUGUCCUGCAGUUUGUGGGGACCAGUACAUUCUCAGAGUACACCGUCUUAAACCAGAUUGCUAUUACAAAGAUCCAUCCAGAUGCCAGGCUUGACAGAGUUUGUCUGUUUGCGUGCAGCUUCUGCACUGGCUAUGGAGCUGCUGUCAACACUGCCAAGGUCUGUGCAGCGCUGAAGGUACAGCCGGGAUCAGUGUGUGCAGUGUUUGGGAUGGGUGCAGUGGGUCUCGCUGCAGUCAUGGGCUGUAAGAGUGCUGGAGCCUCCAGGAUCAUUGCUGUGGACAUCAAUGAGGAGAAGUUUGAGAAGGCCAAGAUCUUUGGUGCUACCGACUUUGUGAACCCUAAAGCACACCAGAAACCAAUCAGUGAGGUUCUGAUUGAAAUGACCAAUGGAGGAGUGGAUUACUCACUGGAGUGUGUGGGAGAUGUGACUGUUAUGAGGAGUGCACUGGAGUCGGUUGUUAAAGGCUGGGGGGUGGCUGUGAUUGUGGGCUGGAAUAAUGUUGAGGAUGUCUCCACUCGACCAGUUCAGCUCAUCGCUGGCAGAACCUUGAAGGGAAGCAUGUUUGGAGGCUAUAUUGGUAAGGAGUCUAUUCCAAAGCUUGUCCUGGACCACAUGGCUGGCCGUCUAAACCUGGACGAGUUUGUGACACACACAGUAAAAAUGGACAAAAUCAACGAUGUAGUUGAGUUGAUGAAGAAAGGGAAGUGCAUUCGUGCUAUCAUCAACAUAUCCAAAUAAAAAGUCACCGGCAACAAGUGUACCAAUCCAACGUCAAGCACAAAUAAUAACUCUUUUGCAUUUCUUUCAAUAGCUAUUCUUUAUAUUUUAAUAUGUCUACUUACUGGUAUGCAAUAUAUUUAACAAAAGGUGCUAUUGUAAAGCCCUAUAGCCUUCUUAAAAAAUACCUUUUCUCAUGUUGUAGUUCAAAUAUUAUACAAAUGUUAUUUACAUUGGGAUGAUGUUAAUGAGCAGCAUGUGAGGCAUAGCAAUAAAAAUGCAAAUGCAAAAAAAA